AUGGCCCAUUGUACAGCUCCCGCAGAGCCACAUAUAAUGCCCCCGCCUAUCCCCAUCCGCAGCCACCUACGAAACGGAUCAGCAUAUCAGAAACGUUUGCACGCUAUCCGUUCUAUGUCCACAAACUCUAAGGGCGCCCCAUCGUUUCCUUUUUCUCUGAAUCUCCUCGAAGAGUUUGAUCAUGAGUUGACGGAAACACAGAGUUUAGUCAGUGCAAUUCUGGGCGACAAGAACAUGAAUAGCAAGAAAGAAUCUUCAUGCUGGGAUAGUGGGAAAGAGACCGAUACGAUGACCGAGAGAAGGCAAACAGGUAGCACUCUGGGAGACAUGUGCUCCAGUGAAGUUGAGUCCAAAGUGAGCUACUGCGAUGGUUACCCAAAGAUAUUACGAUUAGAUCCAUUAAAGAUAUCCUCGACAGCUGCAACUAAUUACAGUCGAAACGCUACAGGAGAUCAAAGUGAGAGUCUUUUCGGGCAAAUCGGGGUGCGGGAAUGCGUGCCUUCUCUACGAGGAAGUCACGACGGCACAACUUCUGCGAACCGCACGAACCACGCGAUCUACUCCAACAACACAUUACCACCCUCCGACUACAGUGCCGAGAAGAUGGAUACAAAUGUGCCGGGUUGGCCCGCACAGGAGCUUCUCAGCCCUCGUUCUGAUGAGCCAGGCUCCCCAAGGCAGGCCACCAGCAAUUCUGAUCGCCCCUUCCCUUCGAGACAUGUCAAUCUCUCGCUCUUUCCACCAAUGUCUCCUUCGACUGGGAAUAGAGAAUACACACCACCAGGCAGCCCUUUCUCUCGGCCUAUACGCCCAAUGUCUCCGUUGAGCAAUGGGAGGGAUGCUUAUGGCAAUUACAUAGCUUCGAACAAGCUGGACUAUUUGAAGAUACAUUCCCCACUAACAUCGCCUGUUAAACGGGCCGUAUCGGACAGUCAGGAACACUCUGAACCGGAUAUCUCGUCACCUAUCGUACAUCUUCGUGGUGGAGGCUGGAACGACUUCAAAUCGUUCUGGAAGACAACUGACACCAAUGAGAUUGACCAACCAUUUGGUUCUACUUCUUUGCAAGAAUCUGUCGACAAGGAGGGUAUUCUUCGAGUUGUUUCUCCGAUCCACUAUAUCGAACGUCCGGAAAGUCGAGCACCGCAAAGUGUGCGAUCGCAGUUCCAGAUCAGUCGCGCUGGCAAGGUUGACAAGAUAACAGAAGAGACGCCAAGGAGACCAUGUACCGUCGAUAAAAGGCGAGAUGGCCAACUCUUCAGAGAGAUAGGCACAAGGCAAGGCUCGAAUACUUCGGACUCUGGAGUUACGAACGAUAGCUCUAUUCAUAGGGCUUGUACCGAGGCAGUCUUGAAUCAGUAUUUUGGGCCUCAAAUGUCUCUACCAAUAAGAGAUGGACCGCAGUCACCUCCAAUCGACAAAACCUUGGCACCACCGAAUCUUCAAAGUGCGCCGACAGGCGAGAAUGAGACGACGUGUCACUCCAUGAGCCCUUCGUAUCCAGUUGCGAGUAGAAAAUUCGCUUUAUGGAACAAUGUGGAGUCAAAAGAACAUCAAGGUACUGAUGCUACAUUGCGAAGUCAUAUGGUAAACCCAAGGGACAACAAGAGGUGGGCCAGAGAACGUCCUACUCCGCCGCCUAUACUCCCACUGUCAAACCCACCCAGAUGCCAGCGAGCCGAUCCAUCCGAAGCCGACGUGUUCGAAAGUUCUAAUGAUGACAGUUGUCGAGCAUCAUCAUUGCUAUCCGCCGGGACUUUGGACGAUAACUUGAUGGACGUGCUAGGUUUGGAGAAAACUGAUGCGUACAGAAGAUUUAAGCAUGAGCGUGCUAUUCAACUUAUACAAGAAGAGAGACAAAGAUACAAAGAGGCAGAUUGUAUAUGUGAUGUGAACGUAAGACUACAAGAGGAACUGCGACGGCGAGAGCCUGAUCUGAGCACAACAGUGCUGGACGAUAGCUUCACUGCGGUCAUGAGACGCCAAUCAACCGGCAGACGGCACGAACUAGAGCGUAUGGCAGUCUCGGAUGAGCGUCGCCCUCCUGGAUCACCUACGCCAUCGCGAUAUCUCCCUCGCUAUGGCCGUAUCACAGCUAAAGCUCAGGUUGUACCCCAACAGCGGAACGCGCAGUACCUUACCAUCGGCUACCCUUCUAUCGUAUCUACACCAGGAGUUGCUGAAUCAGCUCCUAUCAAAGGUCAGAACCCUUUGCAGACAGUUAUUUCGAAGGCAGGGGAAAUCAGUCGUUUGAUUCUCGCUGCGCCUUCAGGCUCGAGAUACAAGACGUAUUCGAAACGGCAUCCUCUGGCGGAGUACCAAGAGAAGAAACCACAAGGAUUGGGAGCAGAUGCUACUGGAUGGCCCAGAAAUGGUAAAUCGUUCUCCACGGCGGCAAAAGGGAUGCUCAUAUCGACUCAAGUACCCAGCUCGGAGACAACUUUUGCUGGCGUUCAGCCACCGAGAGGCAGAAGAGUAAACAAAGUCAAGGAACCGAAGCACAAGCAAUGGGGUGGAAGGUGGGGAAGAAGGUUGAAAGAAAUCGCAAUUCCGGGAGACAUCGCACCUACAGACCUGCGCGGAGGUGGAUCCUCCGCUACAUCAACUGCAGACACGAACCGUCGCCCUAAUCGGUCAAGAGGUGCGACACGGCUUCAACAUACGAGAUUUGUCAGAAGCGGACCUCGUGCACGUUCGUCGUCACCUAAAGCGUCAACAAUUAUCCUUCCCGUGAGCAAACAAUUGGAACAUACUUUCGCCACUACCAGUGAUGCAGUACGCACGCCGCAAACACGGUUUGAUCUGCCAGACAGUGAAGGCAGAUGCUUCGUCCGCCGCGACGACAGAGAGGUACUCCCACUAAGCCCUGCGCCCGGAUCCCCAUAUCACGAUAGACUGAACACAUGCUACGAAUUUGAUACCGCGGAUGCUGCGACGCUGAAAUGGCUAGAAGGAAUACACACACAGACUGGAGUAAUUGCCGAGCCUGUCGUCAAUAUGAGAGGGGGUGACGUUCUAUUUACGAUGGGAGAAGCAAGCAGUCUAUCAUCGUAUUAUCUCUCCCUAACCUCAGAGGCAAUGACUUUAAACAGUGACAACGAUACGAUCGAUAACUCGAACAUAGACGCCUUGCUUGUGUCGACUACACAUCUCAACAUCAAUCAAAUCACCGACGUGGCCAUUACGCCAGCCAACGGCAUUAGCGAGGACGAUAUUAGACCCCACUUGUACGAAGCCAAUGUUCGGUCUAGUUUCAGUACUGACUCUACUAUUGAGCUUCGGCUGAAGAUGAAUGCUAAGAAGAAUAUAUGGCGGAAUGAAGACCAGGCUAGGGCGAUGGCGAUGGCUAUGCAUUCUAUUGGGUAG